AUGUUUAUGACUUCAAUCGUCGGCUUGAAAUUUUCUUGUGCUCAAUCAACGUGCACUCCAUUUGCAAAUACUACCGAAAGAGAUAUUUUCCAGUGUGAAAUAGCAUGUUUAUUUGAAGUUCGAUGUAAAGCAUUGACCUUUCAUCAAUCGACCUUGAAUUGUGAAAUAUUCGGUAAUGUAACCAAUCAAACUGCAAACAUGCUAGCUGACUCGGAUGUUACCACUAUGAUUAUGAUAGACGGAACACGAUUUCCAAAUAUAUGGACUACAACAAGUGACAUGAAUCAACCACGAUUGUAUCAUGCGGCAUGUACUCUCAUAAAUGGUCAAGUAUUAGUGACGGGUGGAUACAAUAAUAGUGCCUAUACGAAUAGUGCAGAAUUGUACGAUUCGUUAACGAACAUGUGGAAAUGGACAGGAAAUAUGACCAAUGCUCGGCAAAAACAUGCCGCUAUUUUAUUGACGAAUGGAAAAGUCUUAGUUAGUGGUGGAUCGAAUCUUGGUACCUAUUUAGCCACUUCAGAGUUGUAUGAUUCUUCUACGGGCGUUUGGACAGCAACAGGAAGUAUGAUUGGGCGACGGCAGUAUCAUUUGAUGACUCUCUUGAGAAGUGGGAAAGUGUUAGUGACUGGUGGGUCGAACGGUACUAGUAAUUUGAAUACUGCUGAGUUGUAUAACGUUUCCACAGGUCUCUGGAUCGCAACAGCAUCUAUGAGUGGUCCGAGAUUGUUUCAUACCGCAUCCAUAUUACCAAGUGGAGAUGUUUUAAUCGCUGGCGGAAUUAUGAAUGGUGGUACUACGAGUAGCUCUGAGAUAUACAAUUCAACGACAGGUCUUUGGUCAGCAACAGGAAAUAUGAUUCAAAAACGACAAUAUCAUACGAUGUCGCUGCUAGCAAACGGAAAGAUUCUAGUUGCUGGUGGAUAUGAUAGUACGACACGACUAAACACUGCUGAAUUAUAUGAUUCAGCAACAAAUCUUUGGACAGCAACCGGAAAUAUGAGUAGUGCCCGACAACAGCAUGCAGCGAUUGUGUUAGCAAAUGGCAACGUUCUAGUUGCUGGUGGAUAUGAUGGGACUAAUUAUUUAAAUACAGCUGAUUUAUAUGAUCCAUCGACUGACACUUGGACGAGCACAACUCAGUUGAAUGUCCAACGACGUCAACAUACUGUAUCUAUGUUAGGUAAUGGGAAAGUAUUAGUUGUUGGCGGUACUAAUAGUGGUAAUUCGCCACUUGGUGCUGAAUAUUACUAA